UGCCACUUUUGCAGCGUCCAUACACCACCGAAACGACCGCAUAUACACGCGUUUUCCAGAUAUGCAUAUGGCACGCUCGAUGAUGCGAUAAAUCCAUGCCACGUAACAACCUCAGCGAGCAUUUGAAGUGGCUAUUGAAGGAGAAGCCAUUCGUCCCCCCCGCCUCUCCGCUUGCUGGCUACGAUCCCACCGCAACAGACUCGUUCCCGGCGAGCCAGAAUGCUCCAGCUCUAGAUUCAAGUCUUCCAAGUAGACAUGAGUCUGAACAAACCCUCGUUCAUACUGUCCAACCUCCGCAACAACCCUCCGGCUCAGACGCUUCGACCGCCGUCACACAUACACAUCCCUCUGAUGGAACCCCGACAGUCGACAUGGCGAGGUUGCGAAUGACUCCCGGAGCCGGGCGACCAAGAUUGGUAGUGGCAGCACCUGUAUCACAAAAUACUCCGACAGCAUCGACAAGCAAACCGCUCCGGCGAAUGGUAGAUUCCAAUCAUAGCACUUCCAGGAGGCAGCUACAUACCUUCACGUCUUCAAGCCCCCACAACGGGUUCGGCAGAGAAAGCUCCAUAGACAUCGAUGCGAUUGACCUCACAGGAUUAACUGGAUCUUCGCCUUUGUCAAGUCCAGCACACAGAGGAAGAGGGAGGAAACGGAAAAGCGAUGAAUUCGAACAGGAUCUUCAGACUGCAAAGCUCUCGGGCCCUCCACAGGCUGUGCGAGCCCCCAGCCCGGACGAAUUUGAUUCGACAGAGUUUCCGGAUAUUGAGGAACUCAUGCCACCACCUCCCGAUGACCCGCCACCACCAUACUCAACCGUAGUUCCACGUCGCGAGGCUAUAAAUGAUACACCACUGCAGGAUGAGACCUUUGACGACAGUUACAUGGACCCUGUUGUUAUGGACAACAGUGAUGAGGCGUACAGGUUAGGUGUGAAUAAUCAAGAAUCGAAUUCUGCACGGAAGCGGAAACCUCUUAGUCGUGUUGGCUCCGAUGUCAUCGCCCCACCACGCAAGAUUGGAAAGCAAAAGGACAACAGUAUAGAACCCUGCAGGCCGCCUGCUUUGAUGAGUACUACGAAGAAUAAGCAAGCUUCAACGCCAGCACCACGACGGAAAUUACCCGACGAAAUCCUUGACUCAGAAGAGGAGGACUUGGAAGACGAUGGCUGCGAAUUUGAGGGGUUUGAGGGGUUUGACGGGCUGGAAAGCGGCCCUGUAUCUCCAAUCAGAAAACCCCAGUCUUCCCCGAGAAAGGAUAGGGUAGCAGAAUCUCCUCAACCUUCAGCCCACUCUGCUGCUUUGCCGUAUCGUUCUCCGUCGAAGAGAUUGGAAACCGUGAGCCCCCGGAAGCCUCGAAUGGGACGCGAUACACCAUCCAUACAGCCGCAAACGGGUCCUUCAGCGCGUACAUCGCCCAGAAAGUUAGGCCUUACACCAAAAUCCAAUAUUCAAUCACCAUGUAGUCCUUCAUCUUCCGGGUUGAAUAAAGAGGAGAAGAAACGUAUUAGCGAGGUCGUCGAAUACUUCCUCGAAGCCGAGAGCUGUCGGCUUGCCCAACUGUCGAAAAGCGCAUCUUCGCAGUGGGAUAGAGUGCGCACUUCUUUCCACAAGCAGGUUGAGGAAUUUGGUCAUCCAGAUCCCGAUGACUUUGCGAAGUUGAAUAAAUCCCGCGCGAAAAAGGAAGCUUUGGAGCAGUUGGCCACGCUCAGCAAUACACACGCAGAUUUGAGUGCGAAACGAGCUGAACUAAGGGAGAAGCUGAUAGACAGGCUCAACGAAGAGUUCGAUUUUGUUGUUGGUAGACAGUCGAACGAAACCUACACAGCUUUAUUGCAUGUGCAAGCCCAAAUCUAUGCCCUUCUGGAACCAGCUGGAAUGAAGGCAUACUUGAAUCCCCCAAGUGGGAGCUCGAACGAUGUCGAACAUAUCAUCAUUGAGUCAACGCAAGGCACUCCCGUUAAAAGGGAACCAGAUGACGAUGCGUACCAAGAUGAUAAUAGAGUUCCACAGACUCAGUACGCAAAACCAAGUCGUGCUCCCAAGCAAAAUCAAUGGGAUCGUUCCGAACGCAUAAAAGUCAGCGAAAGUCCUCGUCGAUACAUUGAGCCAACUUCGAUGAUCGGCUCUCCUAGCGAUCGUAGACUCGACACUACUAAGAGGAGGCUGCGUUUUGAGGAACAGGAUAGUAUCAAUAAGAUUAUCGAAACUCCACUCCGCGGACAGGCUGCGAUUCUAGAGAUGAGCGAAGAUGAGGCUUAUGAUUUGGCCAGCGACUUUCCCGACGACUUUGAGGUGAAUGAAAAUCUCUUCGCUCGGAAUAUGGGAAGCCCUAAACAUCCUAUCGACGAUGAAGAAGAUUUCUGUAAUGAUGAUGACGACGAGUUCCUCGAGGACUUGGCUAACGCGGAAGACUAUGAAUUUGAUUGGAAGGGCGACAAAGUAUAUCCCAAAGUAUAUACCGGACAUAGAGAUACGCUUCAAGAAACCUCAGGAAAUCCGGUACGACAACGAAAAUUGGACACACCACCAAGAAAACCACAGCCAAAUGAUGCCGGCAUGGGCCAUCCAUGGUCGAACGAUGUACGACGAGCACUCCUUGAACAGUUUGGACUUCGAGGGUUUCGGCCUUGUCAACUGGACGCUAUCAAUACAACACUUGCUGGGAAACAUUGCUUCGUUUUAAUGCCAACUGGCGGUGGAAAGUCGCUAUGCUACCAGCUACCAGCUGUCAUCAGGUCUGGCAAGUCUAAUGGCGUCACUAUUGUUGUGUCGCCACUUUUGAGUCUGAUGGAAGAUCAAGUAGAGGCUUGCAGAACCCGCUUCGGAAUGCAAGCUGCCCUCAUCAACGGACAGUCUACCAAGGAAGAGAAGGCUCACAUCAUGAACGGCUUGCGUGAAUCGGAUCCACAAACAUUCAUUCAGCUUCUUUACGUAACGCCGGAGAUGCUUAGUAAAAACCAAAGGAUGAUCGAUAUUUUCAGGCAGCUACACGAUCGAGGCAAGCUCGCUAGGGUCGUUAUCGAUGAAGCCCAUUGUGUUAGCCAGUGGGGCCAUGACUUCCGACCUGACUACAAAGCGCUUGGCGAGGUGUUGAGUCAGUUCCAAGGCUUACCCAUUAUGGCACUCACUGCUACUGCUACGCAGCUUGUCCGCAAAGAUGUCACGGCCAAUCUAGGAAUUCGCGGAUGCAAAGAGUUCUCUCAGAGCUUCAAUCGGCCCAACUUGACCUAUGAGGUGAUAGCCAAAGCGAGGGGCGCCGUCGCCAGCAUCGCGGAAUUGAUCAAAUCCAAAUACGCGAAGAAGUCUGGGAUAGUGUACUGCUUGGCCAGGAUGACUUGUGAGAAUGUUGCUAAGCAAUUGACUGCAUUGGGCGUCAAAGCUUACCAUUAUCACGCUGGGCUUGACCCUGCUCAGCGGUCUGAUGUACAGCGGAAAUGGCAACAAAACAAAUAUCACGUUAUUGUCGCCACCAUCGCCUUCGGUAUGGGUAUCGAUAAGGCUGAUGUCCGAUUUGUCGUUCAUCACAGCUUGCCUAAAACUCUUGAAGGUUAUUAUCAAGAAACCGGCCGUGCUGGUCGUGAUGGCAAACGCUCCGGGUGCUAUUUGUAUUACCAAUACGGUGACACUAAAUCUUUGAAGAAAUUCAUCGACGACAGCGACGGAAGUUGGGAGCAGAAGCAACGACAAUACGAAAUGCUUCGGAAUGUUGUUCAAUUCUGCGAGAACAAGAGCGACUGUCGCAGAGCUCAAGUUCUUGGCUAUUUCAGCGAGGCAUUUGAUCCUCAAGACUGCAACAAGACGUGUGACAACUGUCAGUCUAGCGCAACUUUUGUGGAGAGAGAUCUCACAGAGUAUGCACUUCAUGCUGCUAGACUGGUUGAACAGGUUCAGGAGCAUAAUGUCACCCUGUUACAGUGUGUCGAUGGAUUUCGAGGCGCGAAGAAUGCAAGACUCAAUAAGUUGGGAUUGAAAGAAGGACUAGUCGGUUACGGUAAAGAUCUGGAGCGAGGAGAUGCCGAACGUCUCUUUCAGAAAAUGAUAGAAGACGGCGCACUACGGGAGAAGAGCAUCUCGACCAAGACGAAGACUGGUACUUUUGUGAACAAUUAUCUACAGAUUGGCUCCAGAAGCGGCAACUAUAGCGAAAAGAAUCCGCUCACGCUGAAUAUUAGAUGCUCGCCCAGCAAGCAUCGAGCUUUACCAAAGAAAGUCGCACGCUCCGAGUAUCCAUCAACAAAUGUUUCCUCCCCUAUUCGGGGGCCUGCGAAACGUAACAUCAGACAGUUCGCUUACGAUGAAGCUGACGAUGAUGAAGAUGACGAGGACUUUCAGGACAUUCGUCAGAUUCGUGGAAAGACCCAUGGUGUUAAUAAAACGAAGCGCUCUGGUUUCGCUGUCGAGGACGAGGACGAGGACGAGGAACUUGGCAACCUGCGCACGAUUAAGAAAGUAAUUAAGUCUACGAAAGAAAAGAAGACUGCCGGACGAUCGCUUCAGGACCGAAUAGGAGAGCUCACAGACUUCCAAAAGACGAUUUUCGAAGACUUUGUGAACAGUGCUAGGUCCAUUGCGCAGAAAAUUCGUAUCGAACAGAAGCUCACGCGGCAGCCAUUCACGGAAGCGGCCCUCCGUGAGAUGGGUCUCAACCUUCCCAAGAACCUCCAAGAGCUCACCAUGAUUCCUGGUGUAAGCACCAAGGCCGCCCAGCGAUAUGGUCAGAGGUUCCUCCCUAUGAUCCACAACACUCGGAGGGUGUUUGGCACGAAUCUACCGAAUUCAAGGGCGCACGAGGUUGUCGAAUUGGAUGACGACGAAGACGAAGUUUUGGAUCCCAAUCAUCAGAACGUGGUCGAUCUAUUGACAAGUGAAUCCGAGGGGGAGCAAUCUCCAGUUGACUCGGAUGAAGAGGACGAGCCCGUCGAGGUGAGCCAUCACUUUGUGCAGGCGCCGUUAGAUCCUCGCGUGGAGGAGUACAAUAGGCAUGCACCUCAGCCAAAUAGACAAAAUUCGGCAUCAACAUCCUUCUCGUCUCGUGCUUCGCCUCAUCCACACGCCAGAGGGAGGGGAGCAAAGGCCCGGACGUCAAGGAAGGACGGUGGUAAAGGGGCGAGAAGGUCCUCGGGGAAUGGAAGUAAGAAUUACAGUGGUGUGAAGAAAAGCACGUUCAGGAGGUCGGCAUCUGGUGGUGGUAGGGCGUAUGGGAAAUCAGCAGGGGGUUCCGGUUCAAGGAGGCCGCCUGGAGCUGGAGGAGCUGGAGGAGGAGCUGGGGCAAGCGGAUGGAGUUCGAUCAUGGCCAUGCCUACAUAGGGUAUGGUCGAGCAAGCAGAUGUUGUUAUUGUCGUCGUAUCAAGCAAGGUUGGCCUGUCAACCCCGCGAAGGCGUUUUCACAAUGUCGAAAGGAAUUAACGAAUGGAACGGAAUGGAUAUGGUAUGAAUCAAUUGAGCACAUUUGAACGAAUGGAAGCAAAGCCCGCUUCUUGUUGAUCAAA